GACAGGUUGCACGCUGCGCCUCCGCGCCCCGCAGCUGCGAGAGGACGGCCCGGGCGCGGCCUGGACUGCAACUCCCGACAGGCUGCGCGGCCCGCUGCUGCGGGAGGCGCGGGAGGCGCGGGAGGCGCGUCAGACUCGUAGAGAAGGUUGUGGCGGCGGUCUCGGCUGGCGACAUGGACAACGCGGGGAAGGAGCGAGAGGCGGUGCAACUGAUGGCGGAGGCCGAGAAGCGAGUCAAGGCCUCCCACUCCUUCCUCCGAGGGCUCUUUGGAGGAAACACAAGAAUAGAAGAAGCUUGUGAAAUGUAUACCAGAGCUGCAAAUAUGUUCAAGAUGGCUAAGAAUUGGAGUGCUGCAGGAAAUGCGUUUUGUCAGGCAGCCAAGCUCCAUAUGCAGCUGCAGAGCAAACACGACUCCGCCACCAGCUUUGUGGAUGCUGGGAACGCCUACAAGAAGGCAGACCCCCAAGAGGCUAUCAACUGCUUAAAUGCAGCCAUCGACAUUUACACAGACAUGGGAAGGUUCACGAUCGCGGCCAAGCACCACAUCACCAUCGCGGAGAUCUACGAGACGGAGCUGGUGGACAUCGAGAAGGCUGUCGCCCAUUAUGGACAGUCAGCUGAUUAUUACAAAGGGGAAGAAUCCAACAGCUCGGCUAACAAAUGUCUGCUGAAAGUGGCCGCGUACGCCGCCCAGCUGGAGCAGUACCAGAAGGCCAUCGAGAUCUUCGAGCAGAUUGGGGCCAACACCAUGGAUAACCCUUUGUUGAAGUACAGUGCAAAGGAUUACUUCUUCAAAGCUGCCCUCUGUCACUUCAUAGUGGAUGAGCUGAAUGCCAAGCUUGCUCUGGAGAAAUACGAGGAAAUGUUUCCGGCGUUCACUGAUUCGAGAGAAUGCAAGUUAUUGAAAAAACUUCUAGAAGCUCAUGAAGAGCAGAACAGCGAAGCUUACACGGAAGCAGUGAAGGAAUUUGACUCGAUAUCCCGCCUGGACCAGUGGCUCACCACCAUGCUGCUGCGUAUCAAGAAGUCCAUCCAGGGGGACGGGGAAGGCGAUGGAGACCUCAAGUGAAGCGCUGUGUCUCUGUGGCAUGCCGCUGAGUCCUCUUUAGUUUCGUGUUAGGGCCAGUGAUCCUUAUGGGAUGCCCAUUCAAUGGCUUCAUUGUGUUGCACACGAGCCUGAUGAUGUGUGUGUGUUUAAGCCGCCAUGUGUGUCACCGUGCAGCGGAUGGGUGGGCGGCUCCUGUGUGUAUUGCGAGUGUGACAGGCUGUUUCCCGCUUGUCAGUCCCCAGAGUUUUCCGAGAACUGCUUCCGAAUCUUACUCCUGUUCUUUUGAUACGUGCAGAGCUCCUGUUUAAUUUUGCCACAUAUUUUUAUGUCCUUUGUCCUGGACUUGAGUACCCAACCCAGUUCUAAUAGAUGCUUUGCAUGUUCUCCGUGAACUUGCACCUGGAUGGGUUCUCUGAACGUGUGUGUUUAGUGUAGGAUCGUUGUUAGGAGCGCGUUUAUGACUUUCCUCGUGAGAAAUUAUUUAUCCUCUUUGUUGUCUUGUGAUUCUUUUGAUGGUGCUAGUGACCAGUUUCUUUGCUUUUUAUAUCGUUCUGUAGGUAAUGUGCAUGUGAGAAUUCAGAUCAGCCGGGCCUGCCAGCCGCUUACGGUGGGAAAAGAGGGAGCUUCCUGGCACUGCCUGGCUAUGUGUGUGGAUGCGUGUGGAGGUGGGCCUGAUCUUACAUACAAGUGCACACACAUGUAAGAUCUGGCAGACUUGGGCGUUUUCCUUGCCUGGAGGUGGUGUCCACUUCUAGUUGGGGUGGGACCCUUGCUUCAUCUUAUAGGAAGGUGUUUGAACUGGCACAUCCCUCUACUUCUGUGUUCACACACUUUUCCACGCUGAGAGGGCACCUCGUGUGCCCUCUCACAUACAUGCUCACCAGGGCUGGGAGGUUAUCUCGGUCGAAGCUUGUGUGUCAUUAAUUUUAAUUUUUAAUUGUGUGUCAUGUUCAUUUUAUCCAUUAAUUGGAUGUGAUGGGCUUGGUAGGCUGAGUACGGUACAGAGGUUUGCUGUGCUGAGUCAGGAAAAGAGCCCCAGCUAGCUUCUGAGGGGACCUGCGCUUAGCCAAUGGAGUUGUUUUAGCUUGUGUGUUUGAAUUCUGUCCUAUUAUUUUGGCUUAUAUAUGUGCUCUGUUGACCUGUGAACUUGAUCUCUGCGCGUUAUGUUAUGUGCUGACAUCGUACUUUAGACGUGGUCUUGUUUCCUGAAUCUCCUGUGUCCAUAUUUUUAGGCAUAAAUGAUUUAUGUUUGAUGUGUGUUAAUUGCCAGGUAAUGACAGUGUUGACAGAUAAGUGGAAUUUCCUGUGCCCUGUCAACGUUAGCUGGUAUUUGAAUGGUGUUUGCAUUUUUGGAUGGUCCUCGACUGGGAUUGGUAGCUGCUGUUGGGCAGAAAUAGAGGGUGUGCCCAGGCUGAGGGCUGAGCGGGGAGGAAGGCUUGGGGAUGGGGAACAGGUCCGUCUGGGAUGAAGCAGAAAGUGGCAGGAAAGGAGGCUAAGAAGGGCCAGCUGGGACCCGGUCAUGGAGCAAGCCCUGUGGGCAGCCGUGAGGAUUCGGUGGCCGUAGUUGCGGGGUCACUUGUGCAGGCUGGGCUGGGGGAGAGGCAGGGCAGUGAUGUCACAGUGUUGGCUGAGGGCAGCAGGAACGGACCAGGAGACGCAGGCGCUCUGACCUGGGCCCUGGCAUCCGAUGAGGACUCCUUCCUUCCUUCAGAGGUCUGGGAUUCUUAAAAGAAAGCUGGCUGUCAGUUACGGUACAUUUGGGGAUGGAGCCGCUUGGUACUUCUUCGCUUCCUGUUGGAACUAUGAAAAAACGCUUAGAGAGAAAAGUGGGGUUUUGUUGCUCUACCUAAUCCAGUGCCAACCGGCCAGAAGCACUUGGGUGAGAUGAGUGUGGGGCCUGUGUCCUCCGGCUGCAGAUCUGUCCCACCUGAGGGGCUGUAACCCUCGCCGCCAGCGUGUGCGCUCUGUCGUUAGUCUGGAAGGUUUGUUCCCACUUGUUAAAGGAACCUGGUCUGACCAUGUAAAGUAAAAAGCAAAUGAUGUCUUUUAAGGCCAUUUAUUAGCUUUUCAUCCUGCACCCCUGAUAGAAGACCUGUGGUUUUGAGAAAUAGUAUUGGCAGCGUUUUGUCACAUCAGUUAGAGUUGCUUGUGUUGAAAUGAACACUGGGAUCAGUGCCUGGGUUAAGAUGUUUUUGUUUUUAAUAUUUCACGUGAAAAAGAGUAAAAUAUAAUUGUAAUGGCUAGAGCAGACCUGCCAGAACGUAACAGGAAAAUGAGCAGAAAAAAGUCCCAUUAACAGUAUCCAGACUUUCUCCCUUGAAGUGUUCCAUCAAAGUGGGCAGUGCUGUGACUCAGAGCCCGGGUCAGGUUUCCAGGACUUAUAGAUCGUUAUUUAUGAACAAAGUAUAAUGACUAUUUAUGUUACAGUCCUUGUGUUUUAGCAGAUCGUGUUUAGUUCAUUGUCAGAAUGAGUUAACAUUUCUUACAGGAAAGCUUUGCUUUUUGUGGCAACGUUUUUAUAGCUCAUGUGAAUUCCUUUUUUAUUUAAUGAUUUGAAAACAGUGUUCUUGCAGUCGUGACCAUGUGUGAUGAUGUCCCUGUAAACCUUUAUUGUUUCCUCUGAUACUGUGCAUUUAAGAUGCCCAGAGGCAACCCCCGUGGCUUUCUCAGAGCCUGUGGCACGCAGCCUGCCUCCCGGGGCCCCAGCCUGGCACGGCCUCUCCUCCCCCGCGCUGUCGGGGAGGUUGUAUUAUGAGAACUCAUCCUGUGAUGAUAAAUCCACCUUCGCAAAGAGCCUGUGUGUUUCACGUGAACCUGUACAGUAAAUAAAGUCGAAGUUGUGAACGGUA